AUGGCGUCCUCCUCACUAUCAGCACCGUGGAAAGAUCAGGAUCCGUACAGUGCGCCCGGACCGUUGGGAUGUGAGUUUUUAAUGGAUUUUCACAAUUUAGCGACGCUUAUUUAACAUUAAAAAAGGGUUUGAAAGUGCUAAAAAAAACCCUUCUGAAACUGUAAAGGUUGCUCCCUAUUCAAACCACUAUAUCUCAGCUGUUUGUGAAGAUGUCAAAAAGUGGUCAAGUGGUAAAAUGUGCAAAAUUUCUCGAUAAACAACUUGUUAGUUGACCACUUUUUGAUAUCUCCUUCGGCAGCUGAGAUACGUUGCUUUGAAUGAGCGGUUGCGUGUAUAAAGUGUAUAAUGCCCGAUUCAGCGCGCUACGAUGAUCACCCGCUGCACCUGGACAUUCAGCUAGUGGUGCCCGGAAUCCGACCGAAGAGCUUCUACCGAGCAGCCAACACGCAGGUCAACAUCAAAAGUGAUCCUUUGUGAGUACUAUACGUUCGAGGUCCCGAAAAAGCGUCGAAUUGCAGUAGCAUGAAGUGUGUUGUGGAAAUUGUGAAGGUCGACAAGAAGAAGACGCCGCCGGAGAAGUCGAUUAUCGAUCGACGGUUUUACGAGGUAACUCCUACGCCUUUCUUCUUUACAUUUCUAAGCGUCAUUCGUUUGUAGAUUCAACGAUUCCCGGCCGAAAUCGACGACAUCACCUGGAAGCUCAAAAAGGACUGUUGUGUGCUGACGAUCAAGAAAAAGGUGGCGCAGUCGUGGGAGAAUCAGAUGUCGCAGUUCGGAAUGACCUGA